AUGAGUCCCUCUAGUCCUCUCACCAGUCUCUCUAGUCCUGCCAUCAGUCUCCCUAGUCCUCUCAUCAGUCACUCUAGUCCUCUCACCAGUCUCUCUAGUCCUCCGAUCAGUCCCUCUAGUCCUCUCAUCAGUCACUCUAGUCCUCUCAUCAGUCCCUCUUGUCCUCUCAUCAGUCUCUUUAGUCCUCUCAUCAGUCUCCCUAGUCCUCUCAUGAGUCCCUCUAGUCCUCUCAUCAGUCUCUCUAGUCCUCUCACCAGUCCCUCUAGUCCUCUCACCAGUCUCUCUAGUCCUCCGAUCAGUCCCUCUAGUCCUCUCAUCAGUCACUCUAGUCCUCUCAUCAGUCCCUCUAGUCCUCUCAUCAGUCACUCUAGUCCUCUCAUCAGUCCCUCUUUCCUCUCUAGUCCCUUCAUCAGUCCCUCUCUCUCAGUCCCUCUCUCAUCCAGUCCCUCUAGUCCUCUCAUCAGUCCCUCUAGUCCUCUCAUCAGUCCCUCUAGUCCUCUCAUCAGUCCCUCUAGUCCUCUCAUCAGUCCCUCUAGUCCUCUCAUCAGUCCCUCUAGUCCUCUCAUCAGUCCCUCUAGUCCUCUCAUCAGUCCAUCUCCUCUCAUCAGUCCCUCUAGUCCUCUCAUCAGUCCCUCUAGUCCUCUCAUCAGUCCCUCUAGUCCUCUCAUCAGUCCCUCUAGUCCUCUCAUCAGUCCAUCUCCUCUCAUCAGUCCCUCUAGUCCUCUCAUCAGUCCCUCUAGUCCUCUCAUCAGUCCAUCUCCUCUCAUCAGUCCCUCUAGUCCUCUCAUCAGUCUCUCUAGUCCUCUCAUCAGUCCCUCUAGUCCUCUCAUCAGUCCCUCUAGUCCUCUCAUCAGUCUCUCUAGUCCUCUCAUCAGUCCCUCUAGUCCUCUCAUCAGUCCCUCUAGUUCUCUCAUCAGUCCCUCUAGUCCUCUCAUCAGUCCCUCUAGUCCUCUCAUCAGUCCCUCUAGUUCUCUCAUCAGUCCCUCUAGUCCUCUCAUCAGUCUCUCUAGUCCUCUCAUCAGUCCCUCUAGUCCUCUCAUCAGUCCCUCUAGUCCUCUCAUCAGUCCCUCUAGUCCUCUCAUCAGUCCCUCUAGUCCUCUCAUCAGUCCCUCUAGUUCUCUCAUCAGUCCCUCUUGUCCUCUCAUCAGUCUCUCUAGUCCUCUCAUCAGUCCCUCUAGUCCUCUCAUCAGUCCCUCUAGUCCUCUCAUCAGUCCCUCUAGUCCUCUCAUCAGUCUCUCUAGUCCUCUCAUCAGUCCCUCUAGUCCUCUCAUCAGUCCUCUCUAG